UGGGGCCAACAGGCGGGUCUCGAAAAUGUUCGGUCGGAAACAGCACCAGUGACCACGCACUUGGCCACGCCCACCACCAAAACCCCAUUUUGAUCCAGAAAAACUAAACUUUUGACACUAUAGUGGAGAGCAUCAGCCAUAAUUUCGCUGGGGUUGGGCUCUGGAUGUGUGCAAAGAAAGAAGAAAAGCAGAAUUGUCUUUUGUGAACACUGUGGUUUUAAGUCAUGAGUCACCUACCUAGAUUCUGGAACCUGGGAUGGUCUUCCUUUCUUGACUGGUGGAGUAAUCAGAGUGUUGUUUCAGAGCAAGGACCUUCUCCCCUGUAUGGUCAGCAGGAUAUGAAUGAACCUCUUCUGGACAACAGUGAAGGCCAGCUCUUCCUGACCGAGGCUUUUAAAGUCAUCAUUGAGGAGGUGCUAUGUAAAGGCACAGACGUCAAAGAGAAGGUGUGUGAGUGGCGCGAGCCAGAGGAGUUAGCUGCUCUGCUAGAUCUGGAGCUGCGAGAGAAUGGGGAGCCGCAACACCAGCUGCUGCAGAGAAUACGGGAUGUGGCCAAGUACAGUGUCAAGACCAAUCAUCCGCGGUUCUUCAAUCAGCUCUUUGCAGGGGUGGACUACCAUGCCUUGACAGGACGAUUCCUUACGGAGGCUCUUAACACUAGCCAGUAUACCUAUGAGGUGGCUCCAGUGUUUGUCCUGAUGGAAGACGAGGUACUCUCCAAGCUACGUUCUCUAGUUGGGUGGGCAGAGGGAGAUGGCAUCUUCUGCCCAGGCGGUACCAUGUCUAACAUGUAUGCCAUGAACGUAGCACGCUACCGGGCCUUCCCAGAAGUAAAACUUAAGGGAAUGUGGUCCCUCCCUCGACUAGCUGUCUUUACAUCUCAACAGAGCCACUACUCUGUGAUGAAAGCGGCUGCAUUUCAGGGUAUUGGGACUGAGAACGUGUUUAAGGUCAAAGUGGAUGACAGGGGUUGCAUGAUUCCAGAAGACCUUGGUGAGACAAUUGAGCUGGCGAAAUCUCAAGGGGCAGUGCCAUUCUUUGUCCAUGCCACAUCAGGAACGACUGUACAAGGCGCCUUUGACCCACUGGAGCCCAUCGCUGACAUCUGUGACAGACAGGGGUUGUGGAUGCAUGUGGAUGCAGCCUGGGGGGGGAGUGUUCUCUUCUCAAAGGAACACAAACAUCUCAUGAGAGGAGUUGAGAGAGCCGAUUCAGUGACUUGGAAUCCACACAAGAUGAUGCUGACGGGCUUGCAGUGUUCAGCCAUUCUGCUCAAGGACACCACACACCUAUUGAAACAUUGCCACAGUGCGGAUGCAAAGUACCUCUUCCAGCAGGACAAGUUCUAUGACACGAGUCUGGACACGGGGGACAAGUCGAUACAGUGUGGCCGUAAGGUUGACUGCCUGAAGCUGUGGUUGAUGUGGAAAGCUGUAGGGUCAAAAGGCUUGGAAGAGCGUGUUGACAGGGCUUUCACCCAUACAAGAUAUCUGGUGGAGGAGAUGCAGAGAAGAGAGGGCUUUGAACUUAUCGGGAAGCCGUUGUUUGUGAACGUGUGUUUCUGGUUCAUACCACCCAGUCUGAGGGGAAAGGAGAACAGUCCAGACUACAAUGACAGAUUGUCAAAGGUGGCUCCAGUGAUUAAGGAGCGAAUGAUGAAGCAGGGUACUAUGAUGUUGGGCUACCAGCCUCAGGGUGGACGAGUCAACUUCUUCCGCAUGAUAGUCAUCUCACCGCAGCUCUCCCACCAAGAUAUGACAUUCUGUCUGAAUGAGAUUGAGAGGCUUGGGAAUGAUCUGUGAUCUGUAAUUAUACCUAAAUAUGGUCUUGCACCUCCAUCUAUGUCAUGACUCAACAGACAUGUCAGUUUUUUUAACAAUAUGAUCCAUUUUUCAUCAGUCUAAUGGCACUGAUUGUGGACACAGAUGCCAAACAAAGUGUUUGAAAUGUGGUAUGUGACACAGUAAUAAACCUAGUCCAGUGACUUAUUGUAUGGCA